GAAAAAAAAUACCCCAAAUUUUUUACCUUCAAAAGUUAUGAUGAUUUCAAAGAAGAUUUGUAUUAUCGACAUAUUGAACCAUCUUCGGCAUCCCAUCUAGAGUUACAUAACAUGGACUCUUACAAUUUAAAGAGUAUUAAAACAUUGAAUCCAAAAAUACAGUUAUACAUGGGAAUUGCAAAGAGAGGAAGCACCAAUGCUAUGGAUGAUGUUCGUUUCUUUCUUCGAACAUUUAUUUAUCGUAGUGCCCUGCCAUCUGAACUAUCACUCGAGUAUGUGAAAAUACAAGGAGAAAGAAUAUUUAUAGAUGCUAUAUGUGAGCUUGAAGUAGUAAUGUCAAGUACUAACAUUAAAAAAGUUGACCGUAAUCAUGUAUUUGUGAAUUUCAUUUCCACUGUUAUUGUGGAGCUCACUGAGUUAAUAGAAUGCUUUGAAUCUAUUCUAAAAAAAUAUUGUUUUCAUCUAUGGAAAUUACGAGUUCUUGAUAUAGAACUAAAAGUACCAAUUCAACAGUCCCGCUCUUGUCCAAUUGUAAAUGUCAAAUUAUUUGUAGAUAAUAAAAAUGGUUACAUAUUUAAUAUUUUUACUUGCACAGAGGUCUUCAAUUUGUCAACGGGUGAGCUUAUUCUUGAAACAUAUAAAAACGGAGAAAAAUGCACAAGCUAUUCACUUACCAAUGCAUAUGCUCUCACAACUCCAGUUCAACAUAAACGUUAUCAUGCUCAAAAAAUGGGCACAAGUUAUGUUCAUGAUAUUCCUGAGAUGUUUCAGCAAAUGUUGGAGAAAUUGUGGAAGGAAUAUGGGGAAAACAGACCUAAUAUAAAUCUUCCUUAUAAAUUGAUGGAAUUUUUUGAACUAGUGCUAAAUAAAGAAAAGGAAAUUAACAUCAUGAAGAGACCACCAGGGACAAAUGAUGUGGGAAUGGUUGCUUGGCUUUUUACAUUAUUUACACCAGAAUACCCUGAAGGUCGUGACAUCGUAGUGAUUGCUAAUGACAUAACGCAUGUAUCAGGUUCUUUCUCACCACUAGAAGACUUUUUGUUUUUUAAAGCAUCAGAAAUGGCUAGAAAAAAAAAGAUUCCACGAAUAUACAUAUCUGCAAACAGUGGAGCUCGUAUUGGACUGGCAGAAGAAUUAAAAAAUUUAUUCAGAAUUGCUUGGGAAGAUAGAGAAGAUCCCAAUAAGGGUUUCAGAUAUUUGUAUCUUAAACCAGAUGAUUAUGCAAAAGUGCACUCCAUGAAUUCUGUGCAAACUCAGAUAAUAGAAGAUGAAGGGGAGCUACGACACCAAAUAACUGCCAUCAUUGGCAAGGAAGAAGGAAUUGGUGUAGAAAAUCUUCAAGGUGCUGGACUGAUAGCGGGAGAAACAUCAAAGGCUUAUCAAGAAGUAGUGACAAUUUCAAUGGUUUCUUGCCGGGCAAUUGGGAUUGGAUCUUACUUGAUCCGUCUUGGCCAGAGAGUCAUUCAAGUUCAAAAUUCACAUAUCAUUCUUACUGGAUAUCAAGCUCUCAAUAAGUUAUUGGGACGAGAAGUAUACUCUUCAAAUAAUCAACUUGGAGGUAUCCAAAUAAUGUACAAUAAUGGAAUUACUCACCAAACUGCAUCCCAUGACUUUGAUGGCAUCUAUAAAAUUCUUAAAUGGCUUUCAUAUAUGCCAAAGGAUAAAUUAUCAUCUGUCCCUAUUAUGGACAGUUUGGAUCCUAUUGACAGACCAGUUGAAUACAAACCAACUAAACUACCUUAUGAUCCCCGCUGGAUGUUGGAAGGGCGCCCACAUCCGCAUAACACAGAUGAAUGGGAAAGUGGAUUUCUUGACAAGGGAUCUUGGGAUGAAAUAAUGAAGCCCUGGGCUCAAUCUGUAGUUUGUGGGCGUGGAAGACUAGGAGGUAUCCCUGUUGGAAUAAUUGCAGUAGAAACGCAGACUAUUAAUGUCACAUUGCCAGCAGAUCCAGCAAAUGAAAAUUCAGAAUCAAAGACUGUCACCCAGGCUGGGCAAGUAUGGUAUCCAGAUUCAUCCCAAAAAACUGCACAAGUUAUUCAAGAUUUUGGUAAAGAAGGUCUACCUCUCAUUAUUUUUUCAAAUUGGCGAGGAUUUUCUGGAGGAAAGAAAGAUAUGUUUGAACAAGUUAUGAAAUUUGGAUCCUAUAUAAUUGAUCAACUUAGAGAAUAUACUCAACCUAUUCUAGUAUAUAUUCCACCCAAUGGAGAACUUAGAGGAGGAGCAUGGGCGGUCUUGGACAAAACCAUAAACCCCAGUUGCAUUGAAAUGUAUGCAGAUCCUGAAAGUCGGGGUGGUGUUUUAGGCCCAGAAGGGAUUGUGGAAAUACGAUUUCGGGCAAAAGAUUUAAUAAAAUCUAUGCAUCAGAAUGAUUCUGUGAUAGGUGCAGCUUCUGUUGAAUUGGAAAAGGCUGAUUUGUCCAUGGAAAUGAGAGCUGGGCUAGAAAAAACUAUCGCUGAGCGUGAACAAUAUCUCAUGCCCAUUUAUCUUCAAGUUGCUAUUCAUUUUGCAGAUCUACAUGAUGUUCCAUGUCGAAUGAAAGAAAAAUCAGUCAUAAUGGGAACUGUUCCAUGGAGGCAAUCACGUUAUAUUUUCUACUGUCGUCUGAAACGGCUGCUCUUGGAAUAUCAAGCAGCAAAUAUAAUCACCAGGAUCCGCUCCAAUAUUGCUUUUGAAAAUGCUCGUUUACUACUUCGUAAAUGGUUCAUAGAAGAGAAUGAAGAAUCAAAUGGUCACACUUGGGAAGACAACUUGUUAGUCACAGAUUGGCUGCAGAGAAAAGUCGGAAAUGAUCAAACUCACUCCUUGAUUUCCCAUAAAUUGUUGUUUAUAAAAAAUGAUCUAGUGCUUGAAGAAAUUAAAUCAACAAAUGAGUUAUACAAUGAAAAGACAGUGAACUGAAGACAUAAGCUUCCACUACUAGACCCUAGGCUGUUCGGGAGAUGUAUACCAUUGCCAUUUCACCCUGAAGAAAGCUGCUGCACAUUGACUGAAACUUUGGGACCCAUAUGUAGCACAUAGCAUCUCCUGAACAGUCUAGAAUCCAGUGAAAAUAAGGUUCAACAGGUCUGGCCAGUUGGUAAUCUCAUCAGAUCCUUUGGGCACACCAUUUCCAUUCCCAAGCAAUCUGGAAUUGAUCGUGCAGUUUGAAGAAGAUUACACCCAUGUUUUUCAAAUGAAUUUUUGUAUUUUAAAAGAUUCUCAGAAAAAAAAUAAAUAUGUAAUAUUAAAUUUAAAAAAUGAA